GGUAGGCCUACUAUAGUUUAUGUCUUCCCCCUGUGACCUGAGGAGGAGAGGCUAUGGAGAGUGUGGAAGAAAGCUGCUGAGGAUUUGACAGAUGUGGCCCCUGAGGUCUAACAGAGACAAGAAAUGGCCCCCACACAAAUGCUACUGCAUGUUUUGAGGGCCAAGAGCCAACUCUGUGUUUUUGUACUCUUAUUGCAGAGUCCAAAGGCUUAUGGCAUCUCGGGCUGGGGCGGCUGUCUGGAUGGUCAGGACGUGUUUGCUGCGGUCAGGGAGAACAGUCCCCCGGUCGUGCUAUCUCCAGAGCUUUUUGGGGACUGGGCUGAGGACAGCUUCUCCUGGACGGUGCGUGGAAAGGACGCACACUGGUUCUUUUUGGAUGGGACAAAUCUCUGGCUCAACACGUCUGAAGAAAAAGUUCUGGACCGAGAGACAGAGGGCGCUGUUUUAAUUGCAGAGUUGGUGUGUUAUGAGGAGGACACGCUUCAGAGUGUUUACAGGAUUGUGGUGGAGAUUCUCAAUGAAAAUGACAACAUCCCAGUGUUUGUGGAUGGGCCUGUGCAGUCUGCUGUCAUCAGUGAGUUGACUCCGGUGAACACAGUUGUUUUCAAGGUCCAAGCUAUAGACGCUGAUAAUGACAAGAUUAUGUACACUAUUGACCAGGCAUCACCUGAUGCAAAGUACUUCAAAGUGGUUCUACCAAACAGUGGAGAUAUUGUCCUGGCCAAACCUUUAGACUACGAGACCAAGACUCUGCUGAGUGUGGUUGUGCAUGCUUCCGAGAUGAGCACAGAGGAGCAGUACAGCACCAGCGCUCACGUCUCCAUCACAGUUCAGGAUGGAGAUGACCAGUAUCCACUGUUCAUGCCCUGUACUGUCCUGUAUGAGGAGGUCAGUGCUCGGGUCUGUGUCAGCCCCACCUACACGGCCAAUGUCACUGAGGGACAGCAGGACAUUGUGCUGAGCUUCUUUCCUGGGCCCAUCCAUGCAGUGGACGGGGACAGCGGCCUCAGCUCCUCCAUAAGUUAUGCCAUCCUCACAGGGAAUGAUGACGGCCACUUCCUGAUAGACAGACACACUGGUGAGAUGUUUUUAACUCUGGGCAUUUCUGACAAGCUCAUCACUCCAGCACUUCACCUGCAGGUCAUGGCCUUCCAGGACAAUGACCCCAGGAAGUACUCCGUGGCUCCUGUAGUGGUGCGCAUUCUGGCUCUUAACCAGUAUCCACCAUCGUUUGAGAAGUCCCAGUAUUCAGGCUUUGUGACAGUGGGGGGUGGUACAGUUGCCCUGGUUCACACAUAUGGCAACAGAGAGCUUGUGUUAAACGUGAUUGACCAGGAUUUUAACCAGAGUGUUAACCCCAUGAUAGUUUUCAGCUUGAGUCCCACGUCUAAUCACUCAAAGCAGUACACGGUCACCAAAGAGGGACUGGUGAUCGCUAAGACAAGUCAGCUCCGCCCCAGAGAGAAACAUGUCAUUCAGGUGAGAGCUGUGGAUCAGGAGUCAGGAGAAUCCACCUUCACCACUGUCACUGUGGAGGUGUUGGCUGAGGGACAAGCAGCCCCUCAGAGUGAGAUAUCUGGGCAGCGCAUCAGUGGCUGUGUGGUUGGAAAAGCUCUCUUCUUCUGUGUCAUGGCCGUGUCUCUGGGGCUGUCUCUGCUCUACCUGGGUGCGUGGAUGAAGAAGAGGCUAAAGGACCACAGGGACCCCCUGGAGAGGGGCAGUGUAGCCCAGGGCAAACACCCCAAUGUGAGUCUACGCUGGUUUCAACUGGGGAGCCAAGGAAGUACAAUGCCCCAGAUGGAGGACAUCCCAAUCAGUGCUGAAGACUACGGGACCUCCAACCCGUCUUUCAACUACUCCGACCAGGACGGCCCCUCCCAACUUGAGCCUUUCACAUCUGAUUACAAUGCCAAAGCCACUCAGUCUACCUGCAAGAACGCCAAUGACCAGGAUACAGAAAACAUCAGUUUAGAAACACUUCCAUGCGAAUCCCCCUUACACCUGUCGGAAAACUUAAGCAUUCCUGAAACCCCUUAUGCCCCUCCCAAUCCAAAGACCAACCAGAGCCCGUCCCCUCCCUCCUCUCCAUCCUCUCCAUCCGACAUCCUGAGCAUACGGCUAGCAGCUGCUGCAAUUGACAAGCCAAUCCACAAAGUCACCACCCCUCCCAGAUGCACCUCCUCUCCUCUGCUGUGCGCAAAACAAGUCACCACUCCUCCUCCAAGUCCUGAACUGUUGAUCGGUUCAUCCCUGAGCCAUUCGCUGUUUAUAGGGGAAGAGACAGAGGUAGAGCCAUCCACGUCGCUAGAUAACUCAGACCAUUCAUCAGUGGGGGUGCCCCCCGGUGGACUGGAGGAGGAUGUGUUUUCAGAAGAAGAGAGCGUUAGUCCAGAUCUGCUGCCAGAUGAACAGGAGCUGCUGGACGUGAUGGCGAGAUGUUACCCUGUGAUAGUCACCUUCAGGAAAUAG